UACCACGUUCUGGUCCAAGAGCUCCGUCUGGAUGACAACCUCUUUCAGAAGUACUUCAGGAUGAGCAAAGACGUGUUCGACGAGUUGCUCGGAAAAGUGGGUCCACUGAUUACAAAGGCUGACACCCAUCUGCGUUUGUCAAUCGGACCCGCCGAGCAACUCGCCAUAUGCCUACGGUACCUGGCAACCGGUGACUCGUACAGGACCAUAGCAUUCAGCUAUCGGGUCGGGCAUGCAACAGUGGCUGUCAUCGUGAAGGAGGUUGCGGGUGCCAUCUGGACCGCCCUGGUUGAGGAGUACAUGCCGGUACCACAGAUGGAGGACUGGAGAGCCAUCGCUGCUGGGUUCCGGGAGCGUUGGGACUUUCCCAAUUGUGUUGGUGCCAUUGAUGGGAAGCACGUGGUGAUCCAGGCUCCGGCAAAUUCUGGGUCCCUCUACUUCAACUACAAGUGCACCUACUCCUUGGUACUGCUGGCUGUCGUGGAUGCUGAGUACCAAUUCAGGGUAGUGGAUGUCGGAGGCUUUGGAAGGAGCAGCGACAGUGGGAGCCUGAGGAAUUCCGCUUUUGGAGAGAGCCUCACAGAUGGCAGUCUGCAGCUACCACCUGACACCGUCAUCCCAGGAGCAGAGCGGCGGGGCCUUCUCCCCCAUGUCUUCGUUGGAGAUGAGGCUUUUCCGCUGCUGGACAACCUGCUGCGUCCAUUCCCUGGACGUCACCUCACCCGUGAAAGGAGGUUGUUCAACUACCGCCUCAGCCGUGCCAGGUUGGUGGUUGAAUGUGCGUUUGGCAUCCUCUCAUCCCAGUGGAGAAUGCUCAGGCGUGUCAUCACCACCAGCCCCGAGGUAACAGAGUUGUGUGUGAAGGCCGCCUGUGUGGUGCACAACUUCCUCCGCAGGAGGACGAUAGGAAGACCAUCACGCACACCUAUCGCAAAGUCCACAGGUGAAGCUACUCCAACCCUGUGUGAUGCACCGAGGAUGGGCUUCAGCUCCUAUUUGAAUGAGGAGGAGGAGGGUGCGAUGGCAGCAUAG